CACGCCAGCGAUCGGAGUGGGGUUAUGUCGCCUUUCUGCGGCUCGUGACCUGUUGCCUGGUCCCACUGCGUCGAGGACUCUUGCAGUCAUCUCUUUUUACUCGAGGUCGUGUCAGUUAUAUGUGUCACGUCACUUCGAAGAGGUCGUGAAUCCCUUAAGAUGAGACGGUACACCUCAAGGGUCCUUAUUACACGCUGACUGAGCUCGUUUUGACGUUGCAAGUAUUGAUAUAUACUUGAAUAUCCAAGAGACCCGCAAGGCCGAGUAUCCCCUCUGACCCUACAGCUAUUACAAUAUUGAUCUCGGAAUUCUUCAUCAUGAGUGGAUACACGAACUCGCAGACGUGGGAGGCUUGGUUAGAUGUCUAUAAUGUAUCAUGGAACAACACAUCCUUUGUAUUUCUGGCAUCGGUGGCCCUGUCAGCAGCUAUCAUCAUUGUCUCAUGGAUCCUUCCAUUUAACAGCAGUGUUAGAAAUCGCAAAAGCAAAGUAGAGAUUAAGAUUGAUGAACCAGAGGAUGAUGAGCAGGAACUACAGAGAUUGUUGGAUAUGGCCCACCAUGCGCCUGGAGAUGUGAAGAAGGCUCAGCGCCGAGCCCUAGAACGCAACAUUGAGACUCAUAUGAGUGAUGAACAGCGACAAGCUGAGAGAGAGGCUCAGUCACAGCAGUUAGCUGCCAUAUUUAAGAUGAUGAAAGACCAAGAGGAAAAAUUUGGAGAAACAACCAUAGAUGAAAUAAAAGACCAGAUGAAGCUUUACUGUGGUUAAUACAGCCACAACCUGGGCUUGACAGGUGAGACGAAGUAAAGGAGUCAUGCAUUAGCCCUUGAGUAUAAUUGCUCAUACUUCCACUUUUUCCAGAAAGUCCAGGGAAAAAGUGUUUGUUUUUAUUUAAGAACUGUAUUUGCCCAGAGAACAAGGCACAGUACAUACUCAUACUACUGAGCUUUGGGUCAUGAGCCUCAGUUUACGUGUUUUCUUCUUCCUGCUUUCUUUUCUUUAUUCUCCUCCUCCAUGAAUGAUUAUAUUCAAGCUUAUAAUAAUUUAAAAAAAAAAAACAUGAAUGAAACAAUUAAAUAAUUUUUGUAAUUAAUUAAUUGCACACCACAAUGUGGGAUGAAAAAGGGUAAUUAUGCACUCCACAGGUUAAGAACCAAGAAACUGCAAUUUUUCAUAAUUGCAGAUGUGAUAUGAAUUAUAUUUUACUAGGAAUGUAUGUUUUUUGUAUGUAUGUAUAGAGUUACAUAGUAAAUCAUAUUUUAUACACAAUGUGUGUAUGUAGUUGUAUAGAAUGAAUAAUACAAUUUUUGAUUUUAGAGCUAAGUUCCCAGCUCAUAUGAUACCCAUUAUUUUCAUUCCUAGACAACUACUUGAAUAGUUUGUCAUAAAAUUAUUAACCCCUCCAUAGUGAGCUGGAAAACAUGCCUCAGAUGGGCAUAUGUUAUGCAAAUUCAAAUCUCAAUAAAACUUGUUUCCCCUCAAGAAAUUAUCAGUAAUGAUAGACAAAGAAGAAAUAUAUUAGCUGGAGUUGAGAUUACAGGAGACAUUGACUGGCAAUAAACAGUUGAAGGAACAAUUGAGUUGUACAAUUUUAUUCAAUUGAGUAAGCAAGAACACUUACUCACACACAGAGAAGGGAUUGCUGGCAAGAUACCAUAGUGAUUUUGUACCCUCACAUACUUUCUGGUAACAUAUUUCCAGGCUAGACACUGAAAAAUGCCUUUGAAAUUUCAAAACAUUAUAAUAUCAAUUGCUGGCUUCUAGAUGAAUGUAGUAUUCCACCAGCCACUGUGGAGGGGUAGAAGAAAGUAGUGGAGGAUAGUAUCUUCCACACUUGUAAAUGAGAGUAGUGAAAACCAAAGCUUGUAAAUAUUUCUUUACUAACCGUUCAGACAGAAUGUAAAACAAGGGUCCAAACUUGACAUAUAAUUUAGACAAAUGUUUAGCAACAAUAGGAAGUGAGUGAGUGUGAAUUUCUAGGUAUUAUUUUGUAGCAUUUAUUUAUAAAUAGAUUUGUAUCAUCCAUUUUAACCUGCGUAGUAGUACUUUAGAAUGUGUAAUUAUUAUCAGGGUGUUUGUUUAGUUAUGUCCUCCAUAAUUAUAUUUAAGGAGGCCUAAUUAAUUACUUAAUAUUUAUGUAUGAAUAUACACAUUGAUUCUCUAAAAAUAAAGAAAAAAAGAGUCAUUAAACUCUUCACUCCCUUGUCAUUUGCAUCCUUUGGUUAUUUUCAAGAUGCAAACUUCAUCAACAAGUGCACUUAUGUCGUGUGUGUGUGUGUGUGUGUGUGUGUGUGUGUGUGUGUGUGUGUGUGUGUGUGUGUGUGUGUGUGUGUGUGUGUGUGUGUGUGUGUGUGUGUGUGUGUGUGUGUGUGUGCGCGCGCGCUUGUAUGCAUACAUGUAUGCAUUUGCUUAAGAAUGCAGACUUAAGUAUAGCACAAUACAUGUACUGUAUUCAUGCAUAUUUUUGUGUAUGUUUGCGUAAGAAUGUAGAUUUAAAUACAAGAUACAGUACAUGUAAUUCAGUGACAUUUGUGUCAAGAUUAGGGGGAACCAAUAAUUUUUUAUUAUUUAUUUUUGAAAAACGGAAAACCUUACUAUGAAGUAUUUGCAGAUAACCCUUAUUUGCAAAUAAAAGAUGGUUUGACCACUAGAUUGAGUGAUUGUUAAUUUUGUGAGCUUGAUCAUUUAUAUUAUAUUACUCAUUUAACCCAGUGAUAAUGGGAUAGCAUGUAUACGUGCCAUGUCUGCUGUGAUUUUAGUGUAUUGAAUCUGCUUAUAUAUAGAUGGCUCCACAAGAGCUUAGUUACCAAGGAGUCAAUUACUUGUCCUUCCUGAUCUCACCUGUUUACCCAUUUCCUUGAUUUUUGGAAAGAUCUUUUAUCUCUUAUUUCUUAUUGCUGUAAGUGGUGAUAAUAAUACCAAAAAAUACAGUAUCAGUGAUAAUAAGAAUAACAGCAGUGAUAUUAAUAGCAUAGAAAAAUUUACACUUUCCCAAAAGCUCAAGGAAUGUGGGGAUAUUAGUUGAAGUUUGGUAGCCCUACUAAUUGACUCCUUGGUGACUAAGCGCAUGUAGAAUCAUUUAUGUGUAAACAAAAUUCACAAAACAAAACUACAGUGGACAGAGCAAUUACUCGGCACCAGUGGAUUAAGGUCAAGUUUAGUUCCCUAGACAAAAUUGAUGUGGAAUAAAUGUCAUAUAUAAUGCAUAUGUAAAAAUAUAAAAUUCAUAUUAUAAAAGUAUUGUAUUUGGGAAGAAUAUUUUUGGCCAUGGUAAUUACCCAUUACCUAUAUAAUAUGAAUCUAUUUUUCUUUUUCUUUAAAUAAAAUGUGGAUAUUCCAUUUUG